AUGAAGGAUCAUGGUAGACCCGGUAGAUUGGACAACGAUACCAUGGGCAGAGGAGGAUCAGGUGACAAGAAACCCUACGAGGAGGACGAACCCUCAGAACAAGCUGGAGGUUCUGAUGAGCCUGUAGAUAUAGAGACCGAGCCUGUUGAGGAGGAGACUGAGUUUGUUGAUGUGGUGACUGAGUCGGUUGAGGAGGAGAUAGACCCUGCGGAGGAAGAAGUUGAUUACUCUGAGUGGGAGGAUGAGGAGCCCAAGGAAGAAAGAGAGAUAGCUAAAGAGCCUGAACCAGCCAUUGAGCAAUAA